UGGAGCAAUUUGACGCUUCAAACCCAAUCAAAACACCUCUGUAAAGGAACAAAAAACCCAAACUUUUGAAGAUGAUGAUCCUGGGUUGGACAAGAACAAGGUCACUGAUACAAGAGGUGCAAUCACAAAACUUGGAGAAAUGAAGGCACCUCCUCAGGAUCAAGAGUCACUUGGCCUUUGAAGUUGGCAGAAGACUAUUUAGGCAUCAGUCUUUCCACCCAUCCACAGCCCAUAGGAACUCAAAAGCCAUUAGAAGAACCACCAAAAGCACACCUUUUACACAUUCUAAGAAGGCAAAGUGGCUUGCUUACAUACUAUUUAAGCAUUCCUUUUACAGUCAGUCAUCUCCGUCCUCCAUAAAUUCCUCUCUCUCUUCCAUUCUGCUGCUUCAGCCCAUAGGAACUUGAGAGCCAUUAGAAAAACCACCAAAAGCACACCUUAUUUAAGCACUCCUUUUACGGUCAGUCAUCUCCAUCCUCCAUUAAUUCCUCUCUCUCUCUCUCUUCUCCUGUUUCAGCUAUGUCUCGAUCCUACGAACGUCUGCACCUUAAAUGUGAACUAACCAACAUCAAAUUGACCAAACUCAACAGCCCUGACUUCGUCGGAAACCUCUUCAUAAGAUGCUACGUAAAUGCCGGUGGUGGGCGGAGGAUCAUGAUCGACUCCUGCGACGUGCCACCAACCGGCGAUCCGACGUGGGAUAGGAUGGCUUCGGUGGAGUGCAGUGGGUCCUCCCGCCACGUGCGUGACCUCCUCGAGCGGCACGGCAUCGUGUUCGAGCUACGAGGACGCAGAAGCGAUCGGAGGCAAGCGGCUGAGGCAGCCUCGUGCUCCGAGCUCCUGGGCACAGCCGAGGUUCCUUGGCGUGACAUCUGUGGACCGACUGACACGUCGGUGCACAGACAUGUCAGUCUCGUCAUGGCGGGCGGCGCGCACGUCGGUGACACGCCGCCGGAGGUGGCGGUCUACAUGGCGGUUCGAGUGUCCAAGGUGGGGAAGGUUGGCAAGAGGAUGGAAUGGGAGGAGGGAUGUGAAUGGAGUGUGGGUGAGGAGGACGUGUUUGCUGCUGCUGCUGCUGCAGUUGUGGAUGAUGCAUUCUAGCUAAUCCUUGUUCACGACAAGCACUGCUCGACAGUGCUCUUAAUGCAAGUCAUCUCUUUUGUUGUA